GAGCGUAGCGUGGCGUCGCGGCCGUGCCUGCCCUUCACAUCCGUCCACAUCCUCCGAGGCUCUACUCUGAAGCGCAGCACAACGAUGGCCCUGCUCAAGUCAAACAAGGUGAUCUACUGUCUGGGGAACAUUUCCCCGUCCCUGGGAGUGCUGUCCACCCGCAACAGCUCAUGGUGGGGUGGAGUGCAGAUGGGUCCCCCCGAUCCCAUCCUGGGGGUGACUGAGGCCUUCAAGAGGGACACCAACCCCAAGAAGAUGAACCUGGGAGUGGGAGCCUACAGGGAUGACCAGGGCAAGCCCUUUGUGCUGAGUUGUGUCCGCAAGGCCGAGGCUAUUAUUACAUCCAAACAGCUGGAUAAGGAGUACCUUCCCAUUGGUGGUUUGGGGGAGUUUAGCAAGGCCUGUGCCGAACUCGCUCUUGGUGCUGAUAGUGAAGUCUUGAAGAGUGGCAGGAACAUAACUGUCCAGACCAUCUCAGGAACUGGGUCUUUGCGCAUUGGAGCCAACUUCUUGUCUCGUUUCCAUGGAGGUCCACUUGAUGUGUACCUGCCCAAACCCUCCUGGGGAAACCACACACCCAUCUUCAGAGACGCUGGCAUGCAGCUCAAAGCCUACAGAUACUACGACCCCUCCACCUGUGGCUUUGACUUCAAAGGAGCUCUUGAUGAUAUCUCUAAAAUCCCAGAGCAGAGCGUGAUCAUGUUGCAUGCUUGUGCCCACAACCCCACCGGUGUGGACCCCAGACCUGAGCAGUGGAAGGAGAUUUCUGACAUUGUAAAAAAAAGGAACCUGCUCGUGUUCUUCGACAUGGCCUAUCAGGGCUUUGCAAGUGGAGACAUCGAUCGUGAUGCCUGGGCUGUGCGCUACUUCAUUGAGCAGGGCCAUAACAUCGUGCUGUCCCAGUCCUUCGCCAAGAACAUGGGUCUUUAUGGUGAGCGUGUGGGAGGCUUCACUGUGGUGUGUAACGAUGCAGAAGAGGCAAAGAGGGUGGAGUCUCAACUUAAGAUUCUCAUCAGGCCCAUUUACUCCAACCCACCAAUGAAUGGAGCCAGAAUUGCAGCAACCAUUCUCAACACACCAGACCUGCGCUCCAUUUGGCUGGGGGAGGUCCAUGGUAUGGCUAACCGCAUCAUUAAGAUGAGGGAACAGCUGGUAGCUGGUCUGAAAAAGGAGGGCUCCUCCCACAACUGGCAGCACGUCAUCGACCAGAUCGGGAUGUUCUGCUUCACAGGCCUCAAACCCGAACAGGUUGAGCGUCUGACAAAGGAGUUUUCAGUGUAUAUGACCAAGGAUGGCAGAAUUUCCAUGGCAGGCGUGACCUCUGGGAACGUGGGCUACCUGGCACAGGGGAUCCAUGCGGUCACCAAGUAGAGUGGAUCGUGCUGGGAGAGCUACGAAAUCAAAGAGUUAAAGAGGAGCUUUAUGUGUCACUAAUUCUCUGUCUCCUCCAUUCCACCUUGUAGAAAAGAGCUCAAUAUUUAGUUAGACAUUUUCUUGAUUGGAUUUCAUGAGUUCAACUUGGAACAGUUGCUGCUGUUUCUGGUUUCUGGUUACAUUAACAUUUCACUGAACAGGCUCCCUCGCCAAAGUAUAAAAGACAGGAUUUUCUCCCGCUACUGAUGGAUCAUUUUUGCUUAUUUAUUAUGUGGAAUCAACGGUUGGCUGUGCAUUUGUGUCCUCCUAAAUGUGUGCUGUUUAUCUGCUCUCACUCAAUAUAAAACAUCAAGGAACCAACAUCGGGGUAAUGUCAGACUGUGCACUAGUUUUACUUUCAAGAUGAGAUCUCUGUUGCUAUAUAGAAGCCUGUAGAAAAUGUGAGUUCUUUUUUUCUUAAUUUUAAUGGUUGAGUCGUAGCACUUUAUAAGUUGUAAGGCACUGUUUGAGUUUUACGGUUAGGCUGGUACUCUUUUUAUUUGUCAAUCAUGUAAUCAAUUCACUAUCAGGCUAAUCUGUGGUUGUUCAUCUGAACUAAUCAAUCAUCCAGUAAUCUCCUUAUUUGGAAUUUACCUGUCUAUCUCCCUGGCAUCCAGUACUUUUCCAGUAGGAUUUGUAAAACACUUUUGGGUUUCAGUCCAGUUGGUGGCAGGGCAGCAGUCUCUCAGUCGGUCCUUUCUAACCCUGGAUACAAAAAAGCACACAAGCCAAAAAGAGUUAAGCUCAAACAGACUGUGAUCAGUAUGAAUGAAUGAAUUCUACAAUGGAGAAUUUUUCUUCAUAUUGCCCCAUAGCCCAAAAUCAAAUGGCCCAUUUCCUAUUUUUUUUUCCUUAAUGGAGUCUUUGUAUUUGUUACAAAUGUUUCUCUGUGUGGUUAAUAAAGAUGAGUGGGGUACCUGAUUGAGGUUGAACACAGGACGGUUCAUGAAGAAAUGUCCAGACGCUACUCAUUCAAGAUAUCAUGGUUCAGUAUAUGAAUCUGUUCGUCAGUGAGACUGUGAGACACAAAUGCCAUUUAGAAAUGUGGGGUUUUCCCCCACUCUGCUCAUACUUCUGAAACUUCUGGCACGUUGCCUCCACGUUAUGCAUUCUGUCAUACAAUAACAGAUCAGUGGUCAUGUACCUUAUUGAACAAACAAUAAAUCAUUAUAGAGUAA